AGAAUCUUGCUAGUGAGGCACGGGAAGAUUAAUGGGUUCCCAUCUGCAUAUCGUAUCCUUUCUUAUUGCCUUAUUGGCCGGAGAAGCCUUGUCAUGUUUUUGUGAUCAUUAUCCAUGGACUUCCUGGUCCAGCUGUUCUAAGACAUGUGAUCAUGGGACUCAGAGCAGAUCAAGGACUAUGUCCUAUGAUGACUACUACUGGAAACAUAACUGUGGCGCAUUGUGCACAAUCCAUGAGACAAGAUCAUGUAAUGAACAGGCCUGUCCAAUCAACUGUGUGCUUGGGGAUUAUGGUCCAUGGUCUGAUUGUGAUCCCUGCCUCAAAAAACAAUUCCGUAUGCGAGCACUGGAACGUCCUUCUCAGUUCGGUGGCGAAAGCUGCACAGGAACAUUGGUGGAUUCAAGAAAAUGCGUCCCUUCAAAACUUUGCAAACUAGAGCAAUUAGACUGUAAAAAGAAAUUUAAAUGUGUCACAGGUCGGUGUAUUCCCUUAAACCUGAGAUGCAAUGGAGACAAUGACUGUGGUGAUAAUUCUGAUGAGAGGGGUUGUCGGAAAAAAACAGAAGUACAGAGAAGAUUUGAGCACUUACCUGGAGUUCUACUAAUGGGCAAUGGGUUUAAUUACUUAUCUGGGGAGAGUAGGGGAGAGGUCCUCGACAACUCAUUUUUUGGUGGAAAAAUGGAUAUAGUUUCAGGGAAUGGUACGGCUCAGAACAGGAAGUUAUACCGUCUUCCUAUGAACAUUGAAACCUUCGCAUUUAAUUUGACUUAUGAACUUGAUGAUACCAUUUCAGCCACUUUACACAAGAGCUUAAUCCCAUUCAGUGAUGAAAACAAAAGGCAUGGACUAUCUGUAGGAAGGGGGAGCAGCUCCUCUGGAAUUCCUUGGUUAUGGCACACAGGAACCAGUACAAAAAGUUGGGCAUCAUCAUCAUUCAGGGAGGCUAUUACAGCCACAAGGCAAAAGAGCUCGAAAUUCAUUAGAAUCAAUAAAUUGAUCUUGGUGUCAGACUUCACAAUGAAAAAGGACAAUCUCUGGCUAUCGGACGUUUUUCUAAAGGCUCUUAAUCACUUGCCUCUGGAAUAUAACUACCCUCUUUAUAGCAGAAUAUUCGAUGAUUUUGGGACCCAUUACAUUACAGAAGGGUCAAUGGGUGGUUCCUAUGAUGUUCUCUUUCAGUACAGUACAGAAAACGUGCAAAGUUCAGGUUUAACUGACCAAGAAAUGGCUCAUUGUGUGUUUGAAGAAAUUCGCAAAAGACGUUUCUUUUUUUUUGUGAAAACAACACAUCGCACAACAUGUACAACCAAUAAAAUGACAGAGCGAUACUCGGGUUCUUUUCUGCAAUCAUCAGAAAAAUCUAUUUCCUUCAUAAAAGGUGGAAGAGCAGAAUUUGCAGCAAAAUUAGCAUGGCAGAAAGAAGGCGCAUCUCCAGAUGAAAAAGCGUAUAAAGAUUGGGUAGCAUCUACCGUGGACAAUCCAGAUUUGAUUAACUAUAAACUGGCACCAAUUCUGGAUUUAAUUACUGGAAUCCCCUGUGCUGUGACAAAGCGACGCAACCUUCAGAAAGCAUUUGCCACAUAUCUGGAGAAAUUUGACCCCUGCGUUUGUGCCCCGUGUCCCAAUAAUGGCAGGGUGUACCUGUCAGGUACUGAGUGUCUGUGCCUCUGUCAGCCGGGGACGUACGGGGAUAAUUGUGAAAAGAAGGCCCCAGAUUAUAACUCAGUUGUAGUUGAUGGGGCCUGGGGUUGCUGGACUGUAUGGAGCUCAUGCGAUGGAGCCUAUACCAAAAAAAGGACAAGACAAUGUAACAACCCCUACCCACGUAAUGGGGGAAAGCCUUGUGAGGGUGAGGCAACGCAGGAAGAAGACUGUAGUAUCUCACUGUUUGAAGAUACUGGAGCCCUAUGCAUCAAUGAUGAAGAAGACAAAAAGGAAGUCGAUCAGGAAGAACCGGAACGUGAUAGUGGAUGUCCAAAGCCUGAACUGCCUGAAAAUGCAUAUUCUUUAAAUGACAAAAAGUGGUACUCUGUGGCUGAACAGGUUGAAAUACAAUGCGUUUCAGGAUAUGAACUAUCUGGAUAUCAGUUCCUAAGGUGUCUUCCUGACGGCACUUGGAAGCAAGAAGAUGUGGAAUGCAUUCGAACAGCAUGUUCUAGGCCGGAAGCAUCAGAAAAUAUUAACAUAAUCCAGUAUAAAACAGAAUACAAAAUUGGAGAAAGCAUUGAAAUAAGAUGCCCUAGUGGAUUCAUAACAUCCGGACAAUGGAAAUACACAUGUGGACGCAAUCUAGAGUGGGACCCUCCAAUCAUGGGACAGCUCAGUUGUGUGGAAGAGCCACAUAAAGUCAUUCAGGGGAACUGCAAUCCAGGGCAAAAGCAAAUGGGAUCAGAGUGUGAGUGCAUGUCCCCAGAGACAGAUUGCGGGCGCUACCCUGAGGAUCUCUGCAUUUUUGAUACUGUUACUAAGGACUCUGUCUCUAUGUCCCGUUGCAAAUUUUUGGCUGAGAACUGCCUAAGUACAGAUCAGAUGCAUUUCCUGGAGAGAGGUCCCUGCCAUAAUAACAAGCUGGACUGGUACCGUACCCGGAUGUCUUUGGCAUCGAACAGCACAAAAAAGGAACGUUGUGGGGAUGAUUUCUGCUAUGACUGGGAGGAAUGUUCAGGGUCUGAGUGCUCGUGCAUUCUCCCACGCCAGUGUCCCACCAACAGUGACCAGAUGUUCUGUGCCAAGGUUGGAAGCACCAGAAUGCGCCGCUCCAUCAGCCUCUGCUCACUUGCGUCCAUCAAAUGUGCAAAUAUGAAGGUGGAGGUGCUCCACAAUGGUGCAUGCAAUUAGUACCAAAAAAAAUGGAUAUUAUUGUCCAGACUCAUAUAUUUAUAUAUAUAUAUCGCUUAUUUCUUGAUAAUGAGGAGUCAGUAAGUUGAAGAGGGGUGGGUGGUUAUUUUCAUGCUGUGAUAUUGUACAUGGAACCAGAGGGAAGCUUAUUUCUUAUUUCUUUCUCGUGAAUUUACUGGAAGCCUGGUGCUUAGGCCCCAGUAAAGGGAAGGCCCCAAGGGUGGUGAGGCCCUUAGUGAAAUGGGGGAAACAGGGACACCAUGAAUGAGGUCUAGUCAGGACAGCUUGGCUCCAACUAGGAGGGACAGCAAGGAGGUAGCUCUCCCCUCAGGCAAGACUGGCCUGUAGUGUAGGGAUCACAGCCUAAUAGGUAUUUAGGUUUAGUGAUUUCCCUGAUCCAAUGUGUGGGGAUCCAGGUCACUGUAGAGAGAUCCUGAGGGUGUAUCUAUCCAUGUGGUAUGCUAUCUCCAUAGGAAUGUCCCAAGGUGCUGGCUUUGAAAUGCUGUAUUGUUACCUGACAUGUGAUGUGAAUACCUCAGAGGAUUGUGAGUAUCAAAACCUUGAUUUGCCAUUAAGAAAAUAAAGCCUGUUUUGCUCAUGUA